AUGAAAAAUAAAGAUAACGAGGUAAAUAUGGAACAAAAUAAACCUAAAACUACUCAGCAACGGUCAAGAAAGGGCAAGAAGUCGUGGAGGAAAAAUAUCGAUAUAGAUGAUGUGGAAAAAGGAUUAGAAGAAGCAAACAAUAGACAAAGACUUCUUGGAGAUGAUAAUGAUGAUUUUAUAAUAGAUACGGAAGGAGAUGUGUCAAUAGGAGGUAAAUCAGGGAAAAAAUUAAAGAGUACUGAGAUCUUAUCAAAUAAAUCCAAGGUUAAGCCUUUAGCUGUCGAGAGAAACAACAAGAAAAUCCAAGGUGUUAACAAGCAUGAAGUACACAGGUUGAUGAAGUUAUCAGGGAAGGUGAAUGGGGAAUCCAAGUUGAAGACGAGGGUUGACAAAGAUGGGUUGUUUAGAGCAAAGAACGAAGAUCUUUGGGGUGAAGAACCUGUUGAUAAUACACCAGAAAUCUUACUUACGAAGUCCUCGAGUGGACUUACCAAGGCCAAGUACGCACCGAAGACCAUGAAGACAGACGCGAUUAGGUUGAGCGAACAAGAGAAGCAGGUCGAUGCUGGAAAAUCGUAUAAUCCAUCUUUGGCUUCAUGGAAAGCGUUGAUAAAUAAAGAAUAUACUACUGAAAAUGAGAAGGAAUUGAAACGUCAAGAACUUCUUGAUCAUCAACAGCGUAUCAAGUACUUGAUUGCCAACUUGGAUGAAAACGAAGAAGAAUCUUCUGGAGACGAGCAAAUUGAUGAAGUAGAAGAGGAAGGUGAACAAGAUUUUAAGUUAUCGAUAAAUAAGCCAACACAAGUGAAGAUCAAGACGAAGUCCAAGAGAAACAGAGAAGCAAAGCAUAAGCAAAGAACGGAAUUAGAACAAAAAUUGAAGGAAUUAAAGAAUCAAAUUAAUGAAUUAGCGAAAUUAGAUGAGUAUAAUGAAUUAGCAGCAGCAAAGCAAGAAGCAAAAGAAAGUACAACGUCGAAAUCAAAGAAAACAAAGAAAUUAUUCAAGUAUGAUUCCAUAACCAGACCAUUAGAAGUUAAAUUAUCGGAUGAACUUAACAAUAAUUUAAAGAAUUUGAAGCCCGAAGGUAACUUAUUUUAUGAUUCCAUGAUUAACUUACAAGAAAACGGUUUAAUUGAAACUAGAGUUCCAGUAGCCAAGAGAAGAAGAUACACACCAAAGAUUACUGAAAAAUGGACCUAUAAAGAUUUCAAAUAG